UCCACCUGCUUUAUCCACAAGUUUGUUUUAUCCACAACCUAACCUAGUAGCUGUUGUGUUCAGUCGUUAAGUCAUGUCCGACUCUUUGUGACCCCAACCCAGUAGCAGUAAUCCAGAAUUAGUUGCAAUAAAAACAUACAGCUCCAUCUUUUCAUUUACAAUAUAAAAGUCAACAAAUAACACAUCUCUUGAAUCUGCUGUUUGACAUCGGUAGUAUUUUCUAUCCACCUGCAUAGAAAAAUUCUCUUAAGUAAACUUCAAGUUAAACUGCUUUUAAUAGAAAAUGUGCAAUGGGAGACAUGAUAGAGGUAUAUAAAAUUAUAUAUGGUGUGAGAACGCUGAUAGGAGUAGAAUACAAUUCAGUGAAGGUGGAUGGUGGGAAAUUAAAGGAGAUAACAGGAAUAUUAUGUAGACUACACAGCUUGCUACAGUAAGGUACGAUGGACAUUAACUUGGAUAUUUUUAAAAGAUGAUUAGGGUAAUACUAUCAAUUGGUACUAGUCACAGUUAUUAAAUUCUGAUAUCUGAGGCGUUAUGGGUCUCACUAUCUGUGGUCCAGGAAUGGCUGUUAGCACUUUUAUGUCCUGCUUGUAAGUGUCCUAUGCACUUUUGGUUAGCCCCUAGGAGAGCAGAAUGCUGUACUAGGUAGGCCUUUGAUCUAAUUUUGUGUACUCUUAUGUUAUCUUUGUCAAAUAAUUGUUUGCUUAACUAUACAGGUCCAAAAACGUACAGCUUUGGUUCUGCAGUUGACUCCAGUGCAAAUACAGAUGAGUCUAUUCUUAAGGUCAUAAUUAAUAGUAAUUUGGAAAAAAGAAUUAUUGCCAUAAUCAAUGACCAUAAGAAACAAACUGGUGAAAAAGGAAUGAUUUCUAGAAGACUAACUGCUAAAAAAUUACAGGAUGUAUACAUGGCUUUGCAAGGAUUUUCUUUCAAGACUGAAGAUAUUGAAGAAGCUAUGACUAAUACUAUCUUGUAUGGUGGCGACCUACACUCUGCACUUGACUGGCUAUGUUUAAACCUAUCUGAUGAUGCAUUGCCUGAAGGUUUCAGUCAGCAAUUUGGUGAAGAACAACAGAAAACUAGAGCUAAAUUUUAUUCUCCUUUGCCAAGGUGCGAAACUCCUCAGGUGCUAAAUAAUAAAAAGAAAGAAGAUGAUGAUGAAAAAAAGGUAACCACAGGAAAACAAAAACAUAUCAGUUUGAAGGAACGGAUCUUGCAUUAUGCAGAGCAGCAGAACAUUGAGGAAGAAAGUGAGUCUCUGAAAAAUUCAGAUGAAGAAAAAUUUGACCCUAAUGAAAGAUAUUUACAUUUGGCUGGGAAGCUUGUGGAAAUGAAAGAACUAGCAAGUUCUUCUAAGCAAGAGAAAAACAAGCAGGGACAGAAGAUGGCACAAGAAAAAAUAAGGCGUAUUCAACAAGAAAUGACAGCAUUGGAAGAACACCCUAUAUUCAAUCCUGAAAUAAAAAUUACAGACCAACCAAGUGAAAAGAAAAAGAGUCCUGUGUUUCUUGAAAUGGGCAGUCCCUUGAAUUUGAACACGCUUGAGAAAUUACAGAGUCCUCCUCCAGAAGAACAAAAAGUGAAAAAGAAAGAUCCUCAGGAUGUGAGGAAUUUUGAUUAUACAGCUCGAAGCUGGACUGGGAAAUCUCCUAAACAGUUCUUGAUUGACUGGUGCAGAAAACAUUAUCCUAAGUCGCCAAAUCCUUCUUUUGAAAAAGUUCCAGCAGGAAGAUACUGGAAAUGUAGGGUAAGAGUUAUCAAGUCAGCUGAUGAUACAAUGGUGGUGUGUCCCACAAUCCUUACAGAAGAUAGCAUGCAGGCUCAACAUCUGGCUGCUACAUUAGCUCUGUAUCAUCUGACAAAAGGGCAGUCAGUGCAUCAGUUACUUCCUCCUACAUACAGAGAUGUUUGGUUAGAAUGGAGUGAUACUGAAAAGAAAAAAGAAGAAGAAAACAAGGUGGAAAUCAACAAGCCUCGUGACCAGUUCAUUGCCAAACUACUGAACAAGCUGAAGCAGCAACAGCCACAACAGCAAUCUGAAGGCAAGCCCAAACUUUCAGAAGAUGCAGAAGACUCUUGGGAGAACUUAAUUUCUGAAGAGGACUUUAAUGGGCUCUCUCUUGAGACCUCAUUUACAGAUGACUUAGAACCUGUGAGGGCUCUCUUUAAAAAACAACAGAGUUCUUCCAGAUACCAAAGACUUUUAAAGGAGAGAGAGCAACUACCAGUGUUUAAAUAUAAACAUACCCUUAUAGAAACUUUGAAAAAACAUCGAGUUGUGGUUGUGGCUGGGGAAACAGGUAGUGGCAAAAGCACUCAAGUUCCACAUUUCUUGUUAGAAGAUUUGCUGCAUAAUGAACGAAAUUUGAAUAAAUGCAAUAUUGUUUGCACCCAACCACGGAGGAUCUCAGCAGUGAGCUUGGCAACUAGAGUAUGUGAAGAACUGGGCUGUGAAAGUGGACCUGGUGGAAGAAAUUCCUUGUGUGGCUAUCAAAUCCGUAUGGAAUCGCGAACAGGAGAGAACACCAGACUGCUUUACUGUACAACUGGAGUUCUUCUUCGGAAAUUGCAAGAAGAUGUUCUUCUUUCUAAAGUGUCUCAUGUUAUUGUAGAUGAGGUUCAUGAAAGAAGUGUUCAGUCAGAUUUCUUGCUAAUUAUCUUGAGGGAAAUCUUGCACAAGCGUUCAGAUCUCCAUCUCAUUUUGAUGAGUGCCACAGUUGAUAGUGAAAAAUUCUCCAGCUAUUUCACUCACUGUCCCAUACUAAGAAUUUCAGGAAGGAGUUAUCCUGUAGAGGUUUUUCAUGCUGAAGAUGUAAUAGAGGAAACUGGCUUUGUUCUGGAGAAAGAUUCUGAAUAUUGUCAGAAAUUUUUGGAAGAAGAGGAGGAAAUAACUGUAAAUGUUACUAACAAAGGAGGAGGAAUAAUAAAAUAUCGGGAAAAUAUUCCAGUUCAGGCUGCAUCUGGUACUGAGCUAGGACCAUAUUUUCAAAAAUAUAGCAGUCGAACUCAGGAAGCCAUAUUCUAUAUGAAUCCCUAUAAGAUCAACUUCGAUCUCAUCCUGGAGUUACUUGCAUUUUUAGACAGAACUCCCCAAUUCAAAAAUGUGGAAGGAGCUGUCUUGAUUUUCCUGCCAGGCCUUGCACAUAUCCAGCAGUUAUAUGAUCUCAUUUUGACUGACAGAAGAUUUGAUCUAAGACAGAGGCACCAGUUAAUAGCAUUGCAUUCUGUUCUGUCCACUCAAGAGCAAGCAGCUGCAUUUACAUUGCCUCCUUUUGGUGUUAGAAAGAUUGUUUUGGCCACCAACAUAGCUGAAACAGGUAUUACUAUACCUGAUGUUGUUUUUGUAAUUGACACUGGAAGAACAAAGGAAAACAGGUACCAUGAAAGUAGUCAGAUGAGCUCAUUGGAAGAGACUUUUGUCAGUAAAGCUAGUGCACUACAGCGUCAGGGGAGAGCUGGGCGUGUCAGAGAUGGAUUUUGCUUUCGAUUGUAUACCAGAGAUAGAUUUGAAAGUUUCCUAGAAUACUCUGUUCCAGAAAUAUUGCGUGUUCCCUUGGAAGAACUGUGCCUUCACAUCAUGAAAUGUAAUCUUGGCUCUCCUGAAGAAUUCCUCUCCAAAGCAUUAGACCCACCUCAGCCUCAAAUUGUUGCCAAAGCCAUGAAUCUUCUGCGGAAGAUUGGGGCUUGUGAAUUAAGUGAGCCCAAGUUGACUCCUCUAGGCCAACAUCUUGCAUCCUUGCCAGUCAAUGUAAAGAUUGGUAAAAUGCUUAUAUUUGGUGCUGUUUUUGGCUGCUUGGAUCCAGUGGCUACUCUUGCAGCUGUAAUGACCGAAAAAUCUCCAUUUACUACCCCAAUUGGAAGAAAAGAUGAAGCAGACCUGGCAAAAUCAUUUUUGGCAUUGGCCAGUUCAGACCAUUUGACAAUUUACAAGGCAUACCUUGGAUGGAAGAAAGCCCGCUCUGAAGGAGGUUAUCAUGGCGAAAUGAUUUUCUGUAGGAGACAUUUUCUGAACAGAACUUCACUACUAACUCUUGAGGAUGUAAAACAAGAACUUAUCAGAGUGGUGCGGGCAGCAGGAUUUGCUGAACCUUCAUGUCAUUAUGAAGGAAUACACUCCCUGUCACUACAAGAAAUGGUCCUCCUUAAAGCUGUGCUAACUGCAGGGCUAUAUGACAAUGUGGGGAAGAUAAUCUACACCAAGUCCGUGGAUGUGACAGAGAAAUUAGCAUGCAUGGCAGAGACGGCUCAGGGUAAAGCACAAGUGCACCCUUCUUCCGUGAACAGGGAUUUGCAGACCUAUGGAUGGCUGCUGUAUCAAGAGAAGAUUAGGUAUGCCAGGGUGUACUUAAAAGAGACAACCUUAAUUUCCCCCUUUCCAAUAUUACUUUUUGGUGGAGACAUAGAAGUGUUGCAUCGUGAACGCCUUUUAUCAGUUGAUGGCUGGAUCCAUUUUCAGGCCCCUGUAAAAAUUGCAGUAAUUUUCAAGCAACUGAGAGCACUCAUCGAGUCGGUUUUAAAGCAAAAACUUGAAAACCCUAAAAUGUCCCUUGAAGAUGAUAAAAUUUUGAACAUCAUCAAAGAACUGAUAAAAACAGAAAACACUCUCUGAUAUUUCAGAGCUACAGAAAUUGGAAGAAAAAUAUAAUUGAAGAAUGUGCUUGUGUAAAGGGACACAAUACAAUCAUCAUAUGGACACUGCUUGAACUUUCCACAUACAUUCUGUUGUUAUUCUGCAAGAAAUGAAUGCCUUGUAAAACUGACAAUAAAAACUUUUGAACAAUGGGUAUUCAAAUUUAAAUAAUGGCAACAAUGGAGAUGGUUUCAGUAUAAAAAUCAGAAUUCAUUAUUUUUCUGUUUCAGCAUAAAGCAUAUCUUGACUAUGAUUUCAGUUGUAGAAUUUGAAUCCAUGGAAUAGAUUUCUUUUCUCUUAAAGAAAGUACAGCUGAGGAACCAGAAUCUUUCUUUACUUGCCAAAAUACAUGUAUAGGUUACAUAAUUAUUAAGUGAAUUGUUAUUUGUGUCAAGCAGUGCAUUUUAAGAAAUUGCUCAUUUUCAUUUCUUACCCAAAUGAUAACUUUGAAAAGACAUAGUAACAAUUUGAUAGUGCCAGAAGAUACUUACUUUGGCAUUUCAAAAAAAAAAAAGGUGUUUCAUAUAUUUGCUUUGAAGUUCCAAACAGUUUUUGGAAUGCAUGUUCCUUUAGAUUGAAAUUCUGUGUCUGAAUUCAGUAUGUAUAAAACUGGAAGAAAUAUUAAUCUUUUUUUUCUUAAAAAGCAACACACCACCUCAAAUAUGUAUAUUUAGAAACUUUUUGUUUAUAUAAAGAAAAUAUACAGAAGAAGAAAAGGUAUACAUACUACCUUUUAUAUGCAUUUUAUAAGCCUAAAUCUCACAGGAAUUUCAGCUUGAUUCUUCCACAUUCAAAGCAUGUUUGCUUUCCUCUACCAUAUAUAAUGUGAUUCUCUUUUCACUUUAAAAUUUGCAAGACCUCUAGUAUCAGGCACAACGUUUGAAACUAAUACAGGCAAAUAAACAUCUUACACUCAACUGAGUUUCUAAAAAUUAUUGUCCAAAAUAAAGAACCUAAGUGUUCUUUAUUUUGGUAAUUACCAUUACCGCCAUAAUUGGUGUAUCAAAUUUGAUAGUAUAGAAAUAUUAAAAAUACUGUGAGUCCUAUAUUAACAAUUAACAGGAACUUACACAGUUAUUACAAAUCUUGUCAAGUGAUGAAAGACUGAAGCUAUUUAAGAAAUGUAAAAUCAUAAUUAACUUCUAUAUGAGUGCAAUUUUAGUAUUAAAACUAAAAAUCAUUCCUUUUUAGAUAUGAUCCUUAAUAAAUUGUGACAUCAGAUUGGGAUAUUACCUUUUUCUUAGUAUUUAAAAUUUGAUAAAAUCAAUCAGGGCAAAGUAUUUUAUUACAAAUGUACACACUGUAAGAAAAAGGCUUUAGAAAAUGUUUUAAUAUAAUAAAAAAAUGGCAUGCUUUUUUUUCAUCAGCUAAAGCUUUUGCCUCUCUUACUUAGAUGAGCUCUUGGUAAUCUUAGUCCUGAAUUGUCACACAAUUGAGUCAGCUCUUAAAAUAAUAAAUGUCAGGAGGCUUGAAAUACUACAUAUUUUUGUAAGCAUUUGCAAGUACUAAUUGUAGAUUUCAGUGUUUCUUCACAACUAGGAAUCAUCUUUCUGAUAAAGACACUACAGUUCUGUUUAUAUGCCUGAAGAGGAUGAAAGUCUUGUAAAGAUUUCACACUUGCCUUGCUGUCAGUUUUAAAGAAAGGAACUAAUUCCCAAAUCUCAAAAAGCCAUAAGGUAAAUCUGGUAUUUCUAUUCUAUAAGAUUGUACACUAGCACAGCAGAUCCUGGAAUUGCCUGGUAAAGUCACUUCAUUAUCAGUUUCAGUUGCAUUUUUCCUUGCUCUUGUGAAAAAGCUGCUCUUGAUCUAUAGAAAGGACAGAGAGUAAUGACUUGGCAUAGGCUUGGAGGAAAAAGAAAAUGGAAUUGGGGGAAUGUCUCAACAGAGUGAUAUGGCAGGAGGUAACAACCUAAUGAGGGAAAAAGUGGUAGAUUAGGUAUACAGAGGAUCAAUCAGAAUUGUAACCAAGACAUUGUGUUUGAAAACAGUGGGAAAAAUUAGGGAACACAGUCCCCAGUUUAAGAAGAGUUCUGUUCCCAAAGUCUGUCCUUAAGUCGAAUUCGUAUGU